AAUUUUUCUCACUAAUUUCUCCGAUCAUUUUCGCUUUAACUUUUACUCCACGAUACCAGAUCCAACCUCCGCCGUCGCGAUUUUCCGGCCGUCCGGUCGCCGUCGCCAUGCUCAGAUCCUUCGUCAGAGAGAUUGAGAUUAUCGGCAAUGAUCUUCUCAGAGGCGGUUUUAGGGCGUUUUCUUCAGUUUCCAGUCGUAGAAGGCUGGACGGCAAGGUGGCUUUGAUCACCGGGGCAGCAAAUGGUCUGGGCCGGGCUACAGCCCAAGAGUUCGUCGAUCAUGGGGCCCAUGUAAUCAUCGCUGACAUCGACACCACACUGGGCUCACAAGCAGCGGAGCAACUGGGCCCCACCGCCAAAUUCGUACAAUGCGACGUGGCAGUGGAGUCGGAAGUUGCUGCCGCUGUGAACUUCGCGGUGGUCCACCACGGGAAGCUGGAUAUUAUGUACAAUAAUGCUGGAAUCACCGGACCGGCGGUGCCGCCGAGCCUAGCAGAGCUGGACCUGGCUGAGUUCGAUCGAGUAAUGAGAGUCAACGUACGUGGAGUCGUGGCUGGUAUAAAGCACGCGGCUCGAGUCAUGGUCCCAUCUGGGUCCGGGUCCAUCCUGUGUACCUCGAGUAUAAGUGGGCUCAUGGGUGGGUUGGGCCCACAUCCCUAUUCCAUAUCCAAACACGCCAUUCCGGGGAUAGUGAGGGCGGCGGCGACGGAGCUCUGCCGCAGUGGGGUGAGGGUGAACUGCAUAUCGCCGGCGCCGGUGGCGACGGCGAUGGCGGUGAGUGGGAUAGGGGAAGUAUACAAAGGGGUGAGUAGGGAAGAGAUAGUUGGAAUAAUCAAUGGGCUUGGUGUUCUUAAGGGCGCAAAAUGCGAGGAGGGUGACGUGGCGAAAGCGGCUCUGUAUUUGGUGUCUGAUGAUGCCAAAUACAUCACCGGUCAUAACCUUGUCGUCGACGGCGGUUUUACUUGUUUCAAAAACCUCGAGUUCCCUUCCCUCCACUAGUAUACUGCCACGUGUGUAGAUAAGAAAAAACAAAUUUAGCCCCCCUUGUGUUUGUUUUUUAGUUCUCCCAAGUCUAAAAUGUUUUAAAUUCUGCUUUUGAAUUUUUAAUUGUUAUUUGUUCAUAAUUUUAUUGUUCAAAUAAU